AUGGAAGACCUCCAGCAGCUCCCACCAUCGGCCAACCCCGCCUCUGCGCUGGAAAACUUGGAUGUGUCGACGAUUUCGCCCGAGAGUAUCCUCAGCCCCGAAGAAAUCCGACUGCUAAAGCACAAGUUUGGUAAUUGCAAUACAGCCGCCGACAACACGAAAGUACGUGCUCCACUUGCACGACUGCCAGCCGCUCGUGCUUGCAAACUCUUCCGAGAAGACUACCCAUCGUUGUCGGAGUGGGAAAUCCAAGUUGUGUUCAACAAGUACGAUAUUAACGGCGACGGUCGCCUCUCGUGGAAGGAAUACCUGCAGACUCGUGCUUACUACCGCAUGCUACUUGAAGAGAGCACGCAGAUGGAGCUACAGCGCAUUUUCUCAAUCCUUGACACCGAUGCUGAUGGUAUUCUGCUUGCACAUGACGUUCUGCACCGUAUUGAACAGACUGGAAUACAUGGUGUCGGUAUGCUCAAGCAAAUCAUCACACAGGCAGUCGAAGCUACUAAAGUUGACGUAAAAAGUAGACAAUACUACUACCACCGCGAAGGCGAAAUCACCUUUGAGCAUUUCUUGGCAACGAUCCACGACGUGAAUCGAAAGAUGGAGCAAGGGAUCGCUACAAAGACUCUUCGCGUGAUUGAUCUGCAACGGGAACAGCAGGAGCAACAGAUCCAGCGACUACGUCAACCUUCAUCCGUCCCUGACCAAAAAAUGGAGGCGCUUCGAAUUGAGAUCGAGGUGCUCACACACGAGAUCCGACGUAUGAAGAAGGAACUCAUCACCGAUAACAAAAAUGCACUUGGUGAGGCAUGCGAGAAGCUCAUGGCCACGUAUGAAAACGAGCAGCACGUGUACGAGUGUCUGAAUAACUUCAUAGCGCAUUGUAACCUUCGCGACGCCACCCUCUUUCGCUACAAUCUGGAACGAGAAGGAAAGAGGGUCAACAUUUUAAACUCAAUGCUCCUCGCACCACCGGAAAACCUCAAGGGGAUACUUGAAACUUUGCUGAUGAACCCAAUGCUUCGGAAGCAAUUCGCGUACUAUGCGAUGAACGGGAACGUCACGAAUCUCGUCUGGGUGACGCGGACCAAUUUCAUCAACUUCGUUAAGGAUUGCAAGUUGGAUUUGCUUCCGACGCCAGCUCUAAAGGACGUAGACAUCGCCAAUAUUUUCGCUGCGGUUACCGGUACAGGAAAAGCCAUGGAUUUCGCGCAAUUUCUAUCCGCUUGCAUCCUCAUUUUCAGGCGUUCUCAGCAGUUGCAAGGACCCCUGACAGACGCUGAUGUACAAAAUCUCGUAGAAGUUCACAUUCUUCCACGGGCGAAGACCAUUCGAGUGCAGCAGCUAGCCCCAGAUAUCUCACAAACUCACGUCAUAAAGCUUCUCAAGGAGCAUAUUUGGCAGUUCAAGCAAAUAUUCUCGCAUUUUGGAAUCCAAAGCCUCGCCGAGGUAGACAGCAAAGUUCGCCUUGACAUGAAGGAGUUCCUUACGUUUGCAAGGGCAUUCAAUAUUAUCCGUUCUCCACCUGACCGCGAUGGUGACCCCCUUGUUGAUCUCGUCCGGGAGUACUACGCCGCUAAGCUGGACAUCAGUAUCACCGAUUCAGCCCGCCGGGAAGCGGCAGAUCUGAGUUUUCGAGAGUUUCUUCGGUGUGUACAGCGUAUUGCAUUGGCCAUGCAUGUCCGCAGCGCAAGUAAGCACGGUGCUGCUCGGGCAAACGGUGUGCUAACCACGUUGUUUAAAGCAACAAAAGAUGAUGGCGCUCGAUCACCCGGAAUGGCAUGCACUCCACGAUACCAGCGGCGUGGUAACUUGCUGGCAGUGACAUCACCCACAAAAAACUGCAAGAUCACGACUACAUCGGUGAUCUCGAGACUUCUCCAAACAUCAAGAGCUCUCGUGAUUCGGCCAUCUAGCUGUCACAAAGCCCGCCGCCGACCAGUAACAUCUGGAGGACCCCCACGGAUCCGAGUCAUUCAGCGACCAGCCACGUAG